UCUCCCAAUGAGUAGCCCUGAGCAGGAUUUUCGAGCAGAGCUCUAAAGAGAUUGCUAGGUUUGGGAAAUGGCUGCAGCUUGGCAGUUGGUUACAGUGCGAGUAGGAUUUGGCUGUGCCUUAAGUUCAUGAGUCACAGCUGAUACCGAAAUAAUCUGGGGCUUAUAAAAAUAAUAGGGUGCAAAGGGCAAACUCCUGCCAUAAUCAUGCUAAAGGUGCUCUAGAGAAGAAGCACGAUGAGCUUUCAGUGAGUAGGCAGUGUGUAACAGAAGUCUGGAUCCAAAAAGGAACGUAGGCAUCAGUGUCACAUCCAGUGUCCAAGAUGGAGAAUGCUCUGGCCCAGCUAUGUGGGUCCCAGCCAACAGACCCAUUGCCUGUCUGGAUGAAGGGACAUAUUGGCAUCUGCUUUAACCAACUGGUUUUAAGCUCUAUUCCCAAUCUGAUUUUUGCUCUAACCAGCGCUUGCCAUGCUGGUGCCCACAGACGCAGCUCUCGAUGCCUCUUAAACCCUCUCUGGGUGUGUAGAAUGGCAGUUUCCUUCAUCAUCAGUUUGCUCUCCUUGACCGAUAUGGUUCUUGGAUGCCUAUUCCCUUGGCAAGUCCCUUAUACUAUGGAAAUGCUGUGUGGAGGAGUGGCCUGUCUUUCAUGGAUCACUCAUUUCCUGGCACUUCUCAGUCUCAGAAAGUCAUGGUGCACCCAGUCGAGAGGCCCCAUCACCCUCAUGCUGCCAGUUCUUCUCCUCAUUCCAUCCUUGGUUAUCACUCUGGUGGGCUUUAUACAAGAAGGAACAACCAGCAAACCUUUACAACCUGUACUUCUUAGUCGUUUCUCCCUGUUAUGCCUUCGUCUUUGUUGUAUUAUUGUAUAUGUAGGAGCCUUUCUGGUGGGUUUCAGAUGGUUCAGACCCUCUUAUUCGCUGUCCAUAAAUGCUGAUGAUGACCAGUCUCCUCUUCUCACUUCCUUCUACACCCCAGAAAGACAGCAUCCAACAGAAGAUGGUGAGAGCUGGCUGUCUCGUUUUUUUUACUUCUGGUUGAAUCCACUGCUGAGACAGGGGGCACAAGGAGGCCUCAAACAUUCUGGAGAUGUAUUGCAUUUACCUCAUUAUCUUGGAACUGCAAGAAUCUGUCAGCACUUUCAAUCUAAAUGUUCCUCAACAAUUCUGAGGCUUUUGCCUACUUUACAUGCAAGCUUUGGAGCACAUUAUUAUGCUCUGGGACUCCUGAAGCUGGGGGCAGUCAUCCUUGCCUUCCUUGGGCCUCUUCUACUGAAUCUCUUAGUGAAUUUUAUGGAGUCUGCAGAGGAACCCUUGAGUUCUGGCAUACUGUACACUUUAGGGCUAUUCACCAGUUGUUUCCUUGGAGCCUUGUUGCAAAACCAGUACACACAUGAAGUCAAUAAGUUGAUUCUGGCUGUAAGAGCCUCUGUGCUCACAAGUGUUUACCGCAAGGCGCUACGUGGUAUUGGCACAGGCCUGGCUGGCUUCUCAAAGGGCGAAAUUGUGAAUUUUAUGAGUACAGAUGCAGACCGUAUCUCCAACUUCUGUCGCAGCUUUCAUGAAGUCUGGAGCCUCCCAUUGCAGUUCUCUGUGACGCUGUACCUCCUUUACCUGCAAGUGGGGGUUGCAUUCCUUGGAGGACUGGGCUUGGCUCUGCUACUUCUGCCAAUCAACAAAGUUAUUGCCAACCGCAUUGUGGUGAACAACAGUGAUCUACUGAAACACAAAGAUGCUCGUGUUAAGCUGAUGACAGAGCUCCUGUCCGGGAUGCGGGUGGUGAAGUUCUACACAUGGGAGAAGCACUUUGCUCAGGCUGUGACUUCCCUGCGAGAAAAGGAACUACGAAGUCUCCGUGCCCUCAAAAUGCUGGAUGCCGUGUGUGUUUACCUGUGGGCAGCUCUGCCUGUGCUCAUCUCUAUUAUCACCUUUAUCACUUACGUACUGCUGGGGCACCAACUCACUGCUGCCAAGGUCUUCACUGCUCUGGCUCUAGUUGGGAUGCUGAUUCUACCCCUCAACAACUUCCCCUGGGUGCUGAAUGGAGUUUUGGAGGCCAAAGUGUCUUUAGAUCGUAUUCAGCUAUUCAUGAAUUUGCCUGAGCAGGAUCUGCUGAAUUACUACAGCCAAGAGCCCCCUGUAGACCUGUCCUCAGCCCUGGAACUGCAUAACACCGCAUUUUCCUGGGUGCCAGAAGAAUCUGAAAAUUCUGGCUCUCUCCAGCUUUUUAUCAAGGGUCUCUCUGUGCACAAGGGGGCACUGGUUGGUGUUGUUGGCAAAGUUGGUUGUGGGAAAAGCUCACUGUUGGCAGCAUUGACAGGAGAACUGAGCAGAUCAGGAGGGAAGCUCUUUGCCUCUCAUCAGGAACUAGGUUUUGGUUUUGCGGCUCAGGAGCCAUGGAUCCAGUUUGCUACCAUUAGGGAGAACAUAUUAUUUGGAAAAGAAUUUAAUGAAAAGCUUUAUCAAGAUGUUGUAGAAGCAUGUGCGCUGAAUGAUGAUCUAAGCAUUCUGCCAUCCGGAGAUCAGACUGAAGUUGGGGAGAAUGGUGUUACCCUGAGUGGGGGGCAGAAGGCUCGCUUGGCUUUGGCCAGAGCUGUUUACCAGGACAAAGAUAUGUAUCUCCUUGAUGAUCCACUGGCUGCUGUAGAUGCUGAUGUGGCUGCUCAUCUCAUGGAUAAAUGCAUUCUGGGUAUUCUAAAAAACAAGACCAGAAUCCUUUGCACACACAGGACUGAGCUCUUGGACAAGGCAGAUAUAUUGGUGUUGAUGGAAGGGGGUAAAAUCAUGAGCACUGGUACCCCAGACAAAAUCCUACCUCUGGUGGAAAGCUCUCAAAACCGGGGGUCUCGUGGACAGACACAAAAGAACCAUGUCUUUUAUCCAGAUGAGCAGAGCCUGGAGGAAGAUGAAAAAGAGGUAGAAAAUCAAGGCAAUCCUGCCCAACCUAUUACUGCACAAAUGGGGCAAGAGGAGAAGCAAGAAGGUGCUGUUGCCUUGCAGGUUUACUGGGCAUACUGGAAAGCAGUAGGAGGUUGUCUUGCUGGCUCCGUACUUCUAGCACUGUUUAUGAUGCAGGCCUCAAGAAACAUAUCUGAUUGGUGGCUGUCACACUGGAUCUCCAGUCUACAGGAUUCCCCUAGAAAUGUGUCACUUACAAACAUAACCCCUUCUUUCUUUCCAUCUGCUUCACUGCUCCUCUUCUCCCAGGGAGGACUGGUAUCCCCCAUCACCUUAGUUCAUUCUGCAGAUAACAACUCAUCCCUGGAUAUAACCUUCUACCUGUCGGUGUAUGGAGGGAUUGCAGUGGCAAACUCUGUCUUUACUGCAUUACGGGCCUUUCUCUUUGCUUUUGGAACCGUACAUGCGGCUGUCAUAGUCCACAGGCGUCUGCUGAGCAGUGUCUUAAUGGCCACAGUUACCUUCUUUGAUAGCACACCUAUGGGCCGUAUCAUAAACCGCUUCUCCUCGGACCUGUACUGUGUGGAUGACUCUUUGCCUUUCAUCCUCAAUAUAUUCCUGGCCUUAAUGUUUGGUUUGCUGGGAAUGCUGAUUAUGAUCAGUUAUGGCUUGCCGUGGAUCCUACCCAUACUUCUCCCACUCUGUUUGCUUUACUAUUAUCUUCAGCGCUUUUACAGACACUCCUCCCGUGAGCUAAAGAGGUUGCAGAGCAUAACUCUGUCGCCUAUAUACACACAUUUCUCGGAAACGCUGACUGGGCUUACCACCAUACGAGCGACACGCCAUGCUGACCGGUUUGAGGCUGAGUGUUUGUCUCGGCUGGAGGUGAAUCAGCGCUGCAUGUUUGCCAGUAAUUCAGCUGUGCAAUGGCUAGACAUCCGUCUGCAGAUGAUUGGGGUCAUAGUGGUGGCAGCUAUUUCCAUUAUUGCUAUAAUCCAGCACCAGAAAAAAUCAGGGGAUCCAGGUCUGGUGGGACUGGCUCUGUCCUAUGCUCUCUCUAUUACCGGCAUCCUCUCUGGCCUGAUUUCCUCCUUCACCCAAACAGAAGCUAUGAUGGUGAGCGUUGAGAGAACAGAGGAGUAUUCCACUACUCUCCCGUCUGAACCAACAGAAGGUUCCCUACAGGUAGAAUCAGAUUGGCCCAGUAAAGGUCAUAUUGAAUUCAGGAACGUGGUUCUGUGCUAUCGCCCAGGGCUUCCCAAUGCACUGGACAGUGUCAGCUUCACCAUUUCUCCAGGGGAAAAGAUUGGGAUUGUGGGUAGAACUGGCUCUGGGAAAUCCACCCUGUUCCUGGCACUUUUCCGAAUGAUGGAGCUGAAGCUUGGGAAUAUUCUGAUUGACAACAUACCUGCCUGCCAGUUGAAUCUGGAAUUGCUACGAUCCAGGCUCGCUAUCAUUCCUCAGGAUGCUUUCUUGUUUAGUGGAAGUGUACGUGUCAAUCUAGAUCCUCUGUCACAUCACACAGAUGUUGAAAUACUUGAAGUCCUGGUUCAGUGUCACCUUCAAGAAGUAGUGAUGCGUAUUGGUGGUCUGGAUGCUGAUGUUGGAGACAGAGGAAAAAACUUCUCACUGGGACAGAGGCAACUCUUGUGCCUUGCCAGAGCUCUGCUUACGCAUGCCAAGAUUCUCUGCAUUGAUGAGGCCACAGCAAGUGUUGAUCACCAAACAGAUGAGCUGCUGCAGAAAACUAUACGGGAGAGGUUCAGAGGGCGCACAGUGCUUACUAUUGCACACAGACUUAACACUAUCAUGGAUUCAGACCGUGUGCUGGUAAUGCAUGCUGGGAAAGUGGCUGAACUGGACUCACCUGCUAACCUCAGCAAAAGGGAAGACUCUAACUUCUACCGACUAAUACACAGUGGGCAGCUAUGAGUACAGAUCAUGCUAUUUGGGAGUAGGAUGGAGAGAAGUCUUUAGUGGGAGUGGAGCUUGUGCAGUUUACAAGAGAACAGAUGCCCCUGGACUCCAACACUGGCCCUUCCUAAAAUAUUUGCUGCUGUAGAUAAAACUGACUGGAGCAGAUGUCCUGAGUCUCACCUAUUUUAGGCUAGGGCCAGACGAUGGAUAGGACUGCGGAUUCUUUGCCCUAUUGCUUCCAUUGUUCUGAAGGUGCAGGCCGGAUUUUGACGCAAAAUGUUGCUUUUCAGGAGCAGCGGGGGAGCUGAUACUCUGCAUGCAGAGAAACGCAGGCUGAGAUGCUCAGUCGUCUGCCCCGUAGCCUUAGGGUGGACUAUAUAGGGAUAUUGUGACAGACUCUCAAAAAUCACAUCUUUAUGCUAACAGCCAGGGUAUAAGGGUCUCCUAAUUUGAACUCUCUAAAUCUCCUCCUCCUUACUUUCCCUUUGCUGCCUGUUUUGGCAGUCUAUAGUAUGUUUUGGGAAGUAUAUAUGUGAUUUCAUGGUGAAAUUAUUGGGAGUAACUGAAUUUUCUGUAGAGUGAUGUGUUUGCACAAUCGGGUGUGCUGCUUCCGCCAUAGUUUCCUUGAACUAUUCCAUGUCAUAACGCAAGUUUUUCACUGCUGAUUAAAGCAAUAUGGCUGUCUUUGAUUAUAAAUAGGGAGCUUGAAUGUCUUGUUGGCACAACAAGCUACCCUGCCCCAUUAUAUUUUACUAAUGAUAAACCUAUAUAUUCCCUAAACAGUAGAAGGCACAUUCCACAGGAAUAAAUAAGUUGUAGGUAUCCAUAAUCAUGGCAGGAUGUUCAUUAUGGGAGUGUAUAAACUGAAUUCAAUUUCUAUUGGUUAAAAAUCACUUUUAAUAAAAAAAAAAGAUUAUUUCCUGCAAA